UUAAAGAAGGAAACGUUUGAGUAUUUGAAUGAGCUCCAGCUCGGUGCAGAGAAGCUGAUCCACAGCUAUGGGUUCCUAAAUAUGCUCACGUUGUUACUAAAAUGGGUCGCAUCUUUUGCUGCAAUCCUUCUGCUGAUACUGGAUGGAACGAAAUGGAAGUCAGCCAAUGUGGACUUCAUAAUAGCUCCUUAACUCUUCUUUAGCCUUCCUCUUGUUGUUUUCCAGUUCUUGCGGAAAGAGUUUGGGAAAUGGAUUUCCCUCCUCAUCACAGUCGUUCUCAGGUGUUUCCUCCCAAAUGAUUUUUCAGUGUCACUAGAGAUUCCAGGUGCAACGCUUUUUCUUAUUGCGACUGCACCGAUUUUAUUGGUGGAAACAUUUAGAGACAAGGCAGACGACCUUAGAGAUCCAUUAAAUGUGUUUCUUCUCACGAGCUGUUAACUUCUAAGCAAACACACAAAAGCUUGGGGUCGAUACAAAAACUAAUUCAUUCAAAAGGAUAAAGUCACUUGUCUUUAUCUUCUCUUUAUCUAUCCUCUUUGAACGGCAUUUACCUACGCCUUCUUAAAUUUCUAA